UUAGCUUCUCUUUCACUCUCUCUCUCUCUCAUGAGCGAUGAAAAAUGCUGCUAAAGUUAUACCCCGUUUAUCAUUACAGGUUACCUUUUCUGCUUUCUUUUCUCUCACCCCAUUCUGUUCUCUCUCUCUCUCUCUACCCACUUCCAUAACAUAGCUUUCUUUCUUUUGUACUUUUCACUCACAAAUAUAUAUACAUAUAUAGAAACACAAACACUUUUUUGAGAAGCACUUCGUUGUUGUCAUCAUCAUCAUUGAGAGAGAGAGAGAGAGCAGAGAAUGAGUUCUUCUUCUGGUCAGAGCAGUGGCUAUGAUCUCUCGUUCAAGAUCUUGUUGAUCGGUGACUCUGCUGUGGGAAAAAGUAGCCUCCUUGUUAGCUUCAUCUCCAACUCUGUUGAAGAUAUUGCCCCCACAAUCGGUGUUGAUUUUAAGAUCAAGGUGUUCGAAGUAGGUGGGAAGAGAUUGAAAUUGACUAUUUGGGACACAGCUGGACAAGAAAGGUUCAGAACGCUAACUAGUUCUUACUAUAGAGGAGCGCAAGGAAUCAUUCUUGUUUAUGAUGUAACGAGAAGAGACACCUUCACAAAUUUAUCAGAAGUGUGGCUAAAGAAGUGGAACUCUAUUCAACUAAUCAGAAUUGCGUGAAGAUGAUAGUUGGAAAUAAAGUUGACAGAGUAAGUUGUGUUUUAUUCUUGUUGGAAAUAUAUGAUCCAAUGAAUGAAUCGGCCGGUGACUACUGUGAAAUC